AUGGCGGCGGGGCCGGGCGGCGGGGCGGUGCGCCGGGUGCAGCUGGUGCUGGGGCACCUCGCCGGUUCGCCCCCGGGGACGGGAACCGGGGUGCGGGCCGCGCCGUGCGGGAGCCGCGCCGGGGUCUCGCCGCGGGCCGCCAGCCCCGACGAUGUGGUGGUGGUGCACGGGCGGAGGACCGCCAUCGGCCGCGCCAAGCGCGGCGGCUUCAAGGAUACUACACCUGAUGAACUCCUGUCUGCCGUUAUGACAGCUGUCCUUCAAGAUGUCAAUCUUCGCCCUGAGGUCCUGGGAGACAUCUGUGUUGGAAAUGUGCUGCAGCCGGGAGCUGGCGCUUUGAUUGCAAGAGUUGCACAGUUUCUAAGUGGUAUUCCAGAGACGGUGCCAUGCUCGAGUGUGAACCGGCAGUGCUCCUCCGGGCUACAGGCUAUCAUCAAUAUAGCUGGUGGCAUCCGAAAUGGAUCAUAUGACAUUGGCUUGGCCUGUGGCGUGGAAACAAUGUCCCUCAGAAAUGCAAAUAACCCUGGUGAUAUCAGUUCCAGUAUGAUGGAAAACAGCAAAGCUCGAGAUUGCCUUAUUCCUAUGGGAAUAACCUCAGAAAAUGUGGCAGAGAAGUUUGGAGUUUCCCGAAAGAAGCAAGAUGCCUUUGCCUUGGCUUCCCAACAAAAAGCAGCAAAAGCUCAGCAGAUGGGACUGUUUAAAACUGAGAUUGUUCCAGUGAAGACCACUGUUCUAGAUAAUCAGGGCAACCAAAAAACAAUCACCGUGCACCAAGAUGAAGGGAUUAGGCCCUCGACGACCCUGGAAGGCUUGGCAAAGCUGAAGCCUGCCUUCAAAGAGGAUGGUAGCACUACAGCAGGUAAUGCCAGCCAGGUCAGUGACGGAGCAGCUGCUGUUCUUCUGGCAAAACGCUCAAAAGCAGCACAAUUGGGACUCCCAGUCCUGGGGGUGCUCAGGUCCUUUGCUGUGGUUGGAGUCCCACCCGAUGUUAUGGGCAUAGGACCAGCCUACGCGAUCCCUGUAGCUGUGGAGAAGGCGGGUCUGACUCUGAAUGACAUUGAUAUAUACGAAAUUAAUGAAGCCUUUGCAAGCCAGGCUGUGUACUGUGUUGAAAAGCUGGGCAUUCCUAUGGAGAAGGUCAACCCCCUGGGAGGAGCAAUAGCACUGGGGCACCCACUGGGCUGUACUGGUGCUCGUCAAGUUGUCACUUUGCUCAAUGAAUUGAAGCGCAGAGGGAGAAGAGCAUACGGUGUUGUAUCAAUGUGCAUUGGAACUGGCAUGGGUGCUGCAGCAGUAUUUGAGUACCCAGGGAACUAAACUCCAGUGUACUGAUGGAACAA